AUUUGUAUUUUGGUGCUUUGCAGUUUGUAUGGAGCAAUUGCAUCCUCAUUUUUCUGAGCAUCGAAAUCUUUCCUUCUCUUUCUCUUGCAAUUGAUAACACCCCCCCAAGCACACAAAAAACUGAUGAAUGAGUUCAGGAAAUAGUUCAUCUCCUCAGCUUCAAGAAUUUUCUGCCACCCCCCAUUGUAUUCAACUUCAUUCCAUCAUAUUCAAAAGCUAAGGACUCCCAACUUCUUCAGUUCAUAUAUCUUCACAUUUUCUUUAGAAAAGAAAGCUCCAAACUAAUCAAACAGCAUCCAGCUCUCUCACAGUGCUGGAGUUGCCCCCUCUGCAGGAAAAAUCUUUUCAUAGCCCUGAGACACACAACGCAUGGGCAUAAAUUUGUGAUUUUUGUGCUUUUGAGUUCGUAAAUGGCUGGCUCAGUAGUGCCUGUGAGUAAGGUGCCAUCACGUAAUUAUGGAUGUAUCAACUAUUGCAUCUCUGAGUACUGCACCUAUCGGUUACAGCCUCUUCAGUUUCAGCGCAAAUAUCUGCAACAAUCAUUACAUGGCAAACUUAAUUUUACAAAACGACUCUUGAAUGGCCCAUUAAUCUGCUGUGACAAGCUUAGGCCAGUAGCAGCACUUGAGUCAAAUGCUCCUGACCCCAUUCAACAGGGAUCUGAGAAUCUGAGGGGAGGCAAGAACUUUAAAGAAUGGAAUUCAUUAAGUGCAAAGUUUGCUGGAGCUUCAAAUAUACCAUUUUUGUUGUUGCAACUGCCUCAGAUUAUCCUCAAUGCCCGUAACCUCUUAGCGGGGAAUAAGACAGCAUUAUUUGCCGUCCCAUGGCUGGGGAUGUUCACUGGGUUACUUGGGAAUUUAUCUUUGCUAUCAUACUUCAUAAAGAAAAGGGAGACUGAAGUUGUAGUAGUGCAAACUUUAGGAGUUGUAUCCAUAUAUAUUGUUAUUACGCAGCUUGCUAUGGCAGGAGCUAUGCCUCUUCCUCACUACAUUGUCACUUCAACGGUGGUUUUUUCUGGCUUGAUUUUGAAUUUUAUGAAUUACUUUUACUUGCUUAAUCCUGGGAUCUGGCGUUUAUGGGAAGAUUUUAUUACGAUUGCAGGACUAUCUGCACUUCCACAGGUCAUGUGGUCAACAUUUCUUCCAUAUGUACCAAAUACUGUUCUGCCGGGUCUCUUAGCUUUUGUCAUUGCUGUGAUGACUGUUCUCAUGGCUAGGAUGCGCAAACUCUCAGAUAGAGGCAUCAAAUUUGUUGGGUCGAUAUCUGGGUGGACAGCUACACUUCUUUUUAUGUGGAUGCCUGUUGCACAAGCGUGGACAAAUCUCCGGAAUCCUGAAAAUAUCAGAGGGUUAUCAUCUGUCUCAAUGCUGCUUGCUAUGGUUGGCAAUGGACUUAUGAUCCCCCGUGCGCUCUUUAUUCGAGAUCUAAUGUGGUUCACUGGUUCAAGUUGGGCAAGCGUCUUCUAUGGUUGGGGGAACCUUCUAUGCCUCUACUAUUUUCAGUGUAUCAGCCGCGAGUUCUUCGGGGCGGCAACAAUCGGCCUUGUGGCUUGGAUAGGGAUGACACUCUGGAAGGACACACAAGUUUAUGGAUACACUUCCCCCUUGACAUCCUUGAAGGAGUUGGUUUUUGGUCAUUGAAUUUACUGGUCCACUACGUCUGAUUUAAAUGUUGUUUGUCUGAAAUGCACGAGUUAUCCAAGACUUCAUCAGAGACCGGUAGGAAUUGUGAACCAGGCUACUGGCUUCAAUAAGAGAAUUUCGGUUUAGAAACCCCUUUGUAGGAGUCACUUCUUUACCUUAUUCUUGACGAUUGGCACUGUCUUGCCUCUAGGUUCUCAACGAGUACAGUACAAUUCCUGUAUGAAUGUACCUCAAAUGUUAUCUUUGACAAAGCAGAUGCAGUAUGCUUGGCAUGUAACAAUAGUUAAUAAAAUGACAGUGUUAAUAUUUUUCAAUACAAUUUUAGAUUUAAAA